AUGGCAAAUAAUAAAAGUCCUGCAACAAAUCCAAAAGGCGAAUAUGUUCGCGGCGUAACUGCUUUUCAUAGUUCGAUUAAGGACGAUCUUGCAGCUGAAUAUCCAGCAGAAGCAAAUCGUUAUCAUUUAUAUGUUGCAUUAGCAUGUCCUUGGGCUCAUCGAACACUGGUUUUAUUGAAAUUGAAAGGUCUUGAUCAUGUUAUAUCAUAUUCGGUUGUUGAUAGUUUACUUGAAAUGGAAAAAGGCUGUGGCUGGGCAUUCGGAGAGAAAUAUCCUGAUCCACAUCAUCCAACAUUUACGCAUCUUAAAAAUGUUUACCAAUUAAAUGAUCCAGAUUAUAAUGGUCGUGUUACUGUGCCUGUGCUUUUCGAUCUUAAAAGUCAAAAGAUAGUUAAUAAUGAAUCUUCGGAAAUUAUUCGCAUGCUCAAUUCUGAAUUCAAUAAAUUUGCUCGCCAUCCAGAGUUAGAUCUCUAUCCGGAACAUCUUCGUUCUCGUAUUGAUGAACUCAACGAUCAGAUUUAUCCUAAAUUAAACAAUGGAGUGUAUCGAGCUGGUUUUGCCAAAUUCCAAGAGGCAUAUGAUGCUGCAUUCGAAGAUAUUUUCUCAAUGUUAGAUGCACUUGAAGGUAUUCUUUCCAAACAACGUUAUCUGAUUGAUAAUAAUCAAAUAACUGAAGCUGAUGUACGAGCAUGGGCAACACUAAUAAGAUUCGAUCCAGUCUAUUUUACACAUUUUAAAUGUAACAAAAAAAUGAUUUCAAAAGAUUAUCCAAAUUUAUUUGGGUUCGUACGUGAAUUGUAUCAAAUGAACGGAAUAAAACAAACAGUUGAUUUAGAUGAAACUAAAAAACAUUACUAUGCGUCACAUUUAAUGAUUAAUCCAACAGGAAUCAUUCCACGUGGACCCGAAAUCGACUAUGACUUACCACAUGGAAGAGAUCGAUUCAACUAG